AUGUCUGCUCCUCAGUUCUGGUCGACUCCUUUCCGCUACAUGCGCUGGGCCGCCCACGAGAAGCCCGCCAUCUUCUACUCCCUCGUCAUCGGCUCCAUGGGUCCGGUCGCAUUGGUGACCAUUCCCCCGAUCAGACGCUACUUCGGCUCCUACGACCCCGAGCCUGUCCCCUUGACAUAUCCCAUCCCCGCCGGUCCCCGGGUCAUCCCGCAGGGUUACGAUGACGAGUAA